GAGGGAUUGGCGGAAGUUGACUUUGCAGUAUGGCGGCCGAGGUAGACGGGCCACUUAAACGGGUGCUGGUGCCGCUUCUUUUACCUGAGAAAUGCUACGACCAAAUUUUCGUCCAGUGGGACUUGCUUCAUGUUCCCUGCCUCAAGAUUCUCCUCAGCAAAGCCCUGGGGCUGGGCAUUGUGGCUGGCUCACUUCUGGUAAAACUACCCCAAGUGUUUAAAAUACUGGGAGCCAAGAGUGCCGAAGGAUUGAGUCUUCAGUCGGUAAUGCUAGAGCUAGUGGCGUUGACUGGGACCAUGGUCUACAGCAUCACCAAUAACUUUCCCUUCAGCUCUUGGGGUGAAGCCCUGUUCCUGAUGCUCCAGACAAUCACCAUUGCCUUCUUGGUCCUGCACUACAGAGGACAGACUGUGAAAGGUGUUGCUUUCCUAGCGUGCUACGCCCUGGUCCUUCUGGUGCUGCUUUCACCACUGACGCCCCAGGCUGUAGUCACCCUGCUCCAGGCCUCCAACAUGCCUUCGGUGGUGGUGGGAAGGCUGCUCCAGGCAGCCACCAACUACCGCAAUGGGCACACAGGCCAGCUCUCAGCCAUCACAGUGUUUCUGCUUUUUGGAGGGUCCCUGGCCCGAAUCUUCACCUCCAUUCAGGAAACUGGAGACCCCCUCAUGGCUGGAACCUUUGUAGUCUCUUCUCUCUGCAAUGGCCUCAUCGCUGCCCAGGUCCUCUUCUACUGGAAUGCCAAGGCUCCCCAAAAGAAGAAAACGCAGUAGAGUUGAGUGGGCGCCCUGAGUACAUUCCAUGUUUCCAUUCAUCCACUCAGCCUUGGGGUCCUUCCCAUCUGGAUCAGUGUGCUGGUGUGACUUUUAACCAUUCCCUGUUCUUCUGCAAUUGCAACUUUGAUUGGCUCAGAUCCUUAGGAUGGGGUAGAGAUUUUCAGGCUGACAUUUUAACAUUGUGUGCUGUCCUGUGUAUAUGCUCUGGAGUCAUUUAAACAUUUGGCUGAAAUUCUUCAUUUAGCAGAAGUUUCUAGCUAGUUAAUCUAUUCUGGGCAGAAGUCUUACCCUGUCCUCCCCAUUUCCCCACUUCCUUUCUGACCCUGAAGGACAGAGCCUGGACAGUGGAAGAGACCAGGUGCUUAUGGUUUCCUUUCCCCCCCAGCCUGGCUCAGACUGUCUCCUGGACCCCAGUGCUUGGUGGGGGGGUAGGGGGAGGGGGACAGAAGAAUGACUCAGGCAGGGCCCCAGGGUGGGGUGAGGAGGUUCCUGCUCUGGCAGGUCCAGGCGGAAGGGA